AUUAGUCUCCACGCUAUGGAUCGUCCUUACGUUUCCAGGAUAUAAAUCCGAAGCAAAGGCCCUUUUCUCUCUUACCAUACUUUCUAUCUACCCAACUCAGUACACAAAAUCCGAGGAGUUCCGUGCUUGAUCACAUCCCAAAAGCUUCGCUGCACUAGAAGGUGAGCCGAAACUGGAAUACGGAAGUCGGCUUUCUCUUCAAUCCCCACAUAUUGGAUUAAUAAUUAGAUACGAGCGUAUUCAGUUCAGAUCAUGGAAAGGUUGCUUCGUCCAGUAUCACGGCAAUUGCUCAGAUCAAGAACCCGGUAUCCUUUUACAAUCCCACCUCAAGUUUAUGCUAAGAGACUAUACAGUAUGGGCCAUACUGUACCACCGCUGAAAGACCAGUCUCUCUUUAUCGAGAAGGCCUAUGUCAAUGGAAAGUGGGUAGGAGCCCAAUCGGGCCAAACAUUUGAAGUCCACGACCCUGCCUCAGGAAAGCUCAUCGGAACAUGCCCGGAGUUCAACGCUGCCGACACCGAGAAGGCCAUUCAGGCCGCCACAGAGGCUUUCCCUAAAUUCCGCACAACAUUAGCCCGCGAGCGUGCUCGGAUGUUACGCCGAUGGUACCAACUGAUGAUGGAUAACGCCGAUGACUUGGCGACAUUGAUCACCUGGGAAAAUGGAAAGCCGCUCGCAGAUGCGAAGGGCGAGGUUAACUAUGCCGCAAGCUUCUUUGAGUGGUUCAGUGAGGAGGCUCCCCGAAUCUAUGGAGAUACCAUUCCUUCCUCAGUUUCCGGUAAUAGGGUCAUGACUGUCAAACAGCCUGUGGGUGUCUGUAGCUUAAUUACCCCGUGGAACUUUCCUGCAGCAAUGAUUACUAGGAAGGUUGGACCAGCUUUGGCAGCAGGGUGCACUGUGGUGGUUAAGACCCCAGGAGAGACACCGUUCACUGCCAAUGCAGUGGCAGAAUUGGCACACCGUGCCGGUAUCCCCAAGGGUGUUGUGAACAUUGUGACUUCCUUGAAGAAUACACCAGAGGUGGGCGAAACCUUGACGACCCACCCGGAAGUUCGCAAGGUGUCCUUCACUGGUUCGACCAACGUGGGUAAGCUAUUGAUGAAGCAGUCUUCUUCCACCAUUAAGAAGGUAUCUUGGGAGCUGGGUGGAAACGCUCCUUUCAUAGUCUUUGAUGAUGUGGAAGAUCUCGAUGCUGCUGUUGCUGGAGCUGUCGCCUCUAAGUUUCGCAGCUCAGGCCAGACCUGUGUCUGUGCCAACCGAAUCUAUGUGCAGAGAGGUAUCUAUGAUGAAUUUUCGAAGCGCUUCGUUGAAAAGGUGAAGGGCUUCAAGGUCGGGGCAGGUUUUGAGGAAGGUGUUACUCAUGGCCCUGUUAUCCAUGGUCGCGCCAUUGAGAAGAUUGACGAGCAUGUUCGCGAUGCUGCAUCGAAAGGUGCCAAGGUAGCAGCUGGGGGCCGUAAAUUGUCGGAAUUGGGCCCUAAUUUCUACGACAUGACUGUUUUGACCGAAAUGAGCAAAGACAUGCUGGUUGCCUCCGAGGAGACCUUCGGCCCUGUGGCCGGACUGUUUCCAUUCGAGACUGAGAAGGAAGUUGUCGAUUUGGCAAACCGCGCAGAAGUUGGAUUGGCAGGUUACUUCUUCAGCGGCAAUGUCAAGCGCAUCUUUCGGGUUGCGGAAGCCUUGGAGGUUGGUAUGGUCGGUGUGAACACGGGCAUCAUCAGCGAUGUCGCUUCUCCGUUCGGUGGUGUUAAGCAAAGCGGAUUCGGCCGUGAGGGCAGCAAGUACGGCAUUGAUGAGUUCCUCACCAUCAAGAGUGUCACCUUUGGCGGCAUGGGCGAGCCUCUGCAAUCAUAAAAAGAAUGCAUGACGAAUGAUAUAUUUUGCUUUUAAUGUUAUCUCUUACGCAUAUAAUGCUACCACCGGCUGAAGGGCCCUAGCAAGUGCAUGAGAAUUGGACAAUACGCCCCCGGUGGUUUUAAGUAAUAUGAAAGCUUCAGCCUGUCGAGGCUUUUUAGGAUGAAACUGGAAGGAAAAUGAGAAAAUAAUUUCUUAGCCCUAAUAUACAAACAAACAAUAUAAGCGCCCAUAUC